AUGUUGAAUUACAAUAUUUCAGAGCUUCUUAAAAACGACGAAAGGUUCAAAGGAAUCGAUUUUCGAUGGGGCCCGAUAUUUCUUUAUUUUUUCUUUGCAUUCAUAAUUAUUUAUACCAUACUACUUCCAUUCUACGUAUUCACCAACAAAUUGAACCACAAGAGAGAUAAUGAGAUGUUCAUCUAUCCCACUGCCCACUUUUGCCAAAUGGUGAAAGUAUCCUAUUUGGUAUUUGUGUCUGCAUGCUUCAACUUUAUUCUUGCCGUCAGUGUUAAUUCAUUACAGACAAACCGAGUGCUCAUUGCAUUAUUGUUCUUUGCCCUAUUUAACGUACUUUACAUUAUUACUCAAGCAUUCCACGUAUUAAUAUUUGUACUCGCCGUUGAACGAUUUUUUAUUUAUUUCUUCCCAUCAAGCGAAAAAAUAUUUAAAUCUCUGUCUAUCAAAAUCAAGCAUCUGUAUUUUGUGAUCAUUGCAAAAGAUUUUUCAUGUUUCGUAUUCACAGUUUGGAAACGCAAUGCGGCAUUUCAGACGGUAUUUCAAAAUCUAACUUGGGUUGAUUUUUUCUUUUUGAUGACGUGGUGUAUCAAUGACAUUAUAGUGUUUAUCUCGGCACUUUUAUACAUUCCAAUUUUCAUCAGUGUUCGGAAGCUUGUGAAUUUACAGUCAGUCCAACGUUCCAAGCCCCAUAACUAUAUUUUCUUGCAGACAAUGGUUGUUUUUACACUUAAAUCAAUCCAUAUCCUCAUAUAUAUAAUGACGAGCCAUGGUGGUAAUUUCUCUCCUAUAUUAUUCACGAAUUGGAUAAUAGUGACAGACUUUAUCACUACUCCAUUAAUUGUCCAAAUGUCAUACCUGUCGUGCAACAAGAGAAACAUGAGCGUUUUAUUUUCUUCACACAGUAUUCGAUAUUUUUUCAAUGUUUUAUUCCAUUUAAAAACGGGUGCUGUUGUAUUUCCACGUCAAACAUCGCAAAACAAUUACUCUACACUUUAA